UCCAGUAGAGCGAUUACUGUGAUAUGAUGCUCGUGUAUUUUGCUUUUGUGUUUAAAAUUUGAUGGAUAUCGGCUUUAUUUUCUUGUAAAUAUCUUGUAUUGAAAUAUAGAUUAUUUAAAAUGCCGUUGCCGGUUCAACCAUCCGCUGGUUUAUUUCAGAAGAAUAGAACUCAUACUAGACGAAAUACAGAAGAUGGCCCUAUGUUUGUUUUUAAUAUCAGAUCUGUUGAUAAUAGAGAUAUGCAGAGCUCCUCGGUUGAGCCAAUGCAAGUAGAUGCACCACCAGAAGAAAAUGAUGUUGCUGAAGUAGAAGUGUAUCUUGUUGAAAAUCCUACUCUUGAUUUGGAAGCUUAUAUAACUAGUUAUACUGGCUUAGCCAAAUUGUACAGAUUACUUUAUAUAGCUGAUCAUUGUCCAUCACUACGAAUUGAAGCUUUAAAAAUGGCUAUUUCUUAUGUACAAACUACCUAUAAUAUAAAUAUGUAUCAAGUGAUUCAUAGAAAAUUGCUAGAUGCUGUUGGUAAUUCAAAUUUACCAGAUGUUACUGGAGGUUUGAAUGCUGGAGUUGUUCCAUUGGAUACUCAAUGGAUUGAAACAAAAAGUAAAAAAGCUGCACUCAAAUUAGAAAAGUUGGAUACUGAUUUAAAGAACUACAAAAGCAAUUCUAUAAAGGAAAGCAUCAGACGAGGUCAUGAUGAUUUGGGUGAUCAUUACUUGGAUUGUGGAGAUUUAAGUAAUGCUUUGAAAUGCUAUUCGAGAGCCAGAGAUUAUUGCACAAGUGGAAAGCAUGUUAUUAAUAUGUGUCUUAAUGUAAUUAAGGUUAGCGUAUAUCUUCAAAAUUGGUCCCAUGUAUUGACUUAUGUCAACAAAGCAGAAGCUACUCCAGAAGUUAAUGAUAUUAAUAGUAAAGAUGCAAAUCAGUUGGUAUUGACAAAAUUGAAGUCUGCUGCUGGUUUAGCUGAAUUAGCAACCAGGAAGUAUAAGUCGGCUGCUAAAAACUUUUUACAAGCUUCAUUUGAUCACUGUGAUUUUCCUGAUUUGUUGUCUGCAAAUAACAUUGCCAUGUAUGGAGGAUUAUGUGCACUUGCCUCUUUUGAUAGACAAGAACUUUUAAAACAUGUAAUAUCUAGCAGUAGUUUCAAGCUGUUCUUGGAGUUAGAACCACAGUUGAGAGACAUAAUAUUUCGAUUUUACGAAUCUAAGUAUGCAUCAUGCUUAAAAUUGUUAGAUGAAAUUAAGGAUAACUUGCUUCUAGAUAUGUAUUUGGCUCCUCAUGUACUAACGCUGUACACUCAGAUACGUAACAGAGCUCUUAUUCAGUAUUUUAGUCCAUAUUUAUCUGCUGAUAUGAAUAAGAUGGCUGCAGCUUUCAAUACAACAGUUAAUGGCCUGGAAGAUGAGCUCACUUUAUUGAUUCUGGAUAACCAAAUACAAGCAAGAAUUGAUUCUCAUAAUAAGAUCUUAUAUGCAAAAGAUGUUGAUCAGAGGAACACUACAUAUGAGAAAGCUAUUAAAAUGGGCAAGGAAUACCAAAGGCGUACAAUUCAACUUAUUUUGAGGUCAGCCAUGCUUAGGAAUCAGAUUCAGGUUAAAAGUCCACCUCGAGAAGGCUCACAGGGGCUUGAUGUAUCUGUUUCUCCUCUCAACUGCACGCCCAGAAGUUAAUCCUGCUUGAUCACAAGAUCAUGAAAAUGGUGAAAUGAAUGAAAGUUAUCCUAAGAAAAGGCAAAAAGUCAGUUGAUGUCAUCUUCCAUUGUGUGGAGGAGUCUCUCAUGCUCUUCACAGAUUUGUAAAUUCGAUAUGUAAUAAAGACUGUGUGUUUAGUU